AUGAAAGCUCUCGCCUCACCAGAGUCUCCCAGCACCAAGAGGAAUGUGAAAGUGCCCAAGCCUGUGAUGGAGAAGCGCCGACGGGAGCGGAUCAACCACAGCCUGGAGACGCUGAGACUGCUGAUGCUGGAGAGCACCGACGACAAGAGGCUGAAGAACCCAAAGGUGGAGAAGGCCGAGAUCCUGGAGAGCGUGGUCCACUUCCUGAAGACCAACCUGGAGGGCCGCAGCCAGCGCUCCGUCCGCCCCGCGGACAUGAGGUCCUGCCUGCUGCGCAUCGGCCACUUCAUCUCCAGCCAGCCGCCGCCGCCCCAGAGCAGCCCCUCGCCUCCUGCCUUCCAGGAAUACCCUGCGCCCCGCGCCGCCUACACCAGCCUGGACUCCAGGAAGCUGAGCUCCACAGACCCCGUGUGGAGGCCCUGGCCUCAGUGA